AUGGAGGCAUUUGGACUGGAUACUUUGGGUUCUAUAAAAGUUGCCGGGGUAUUUUCUAUAUUAGCAGACGAAACAGCUGAUAUUUCAUGUAAAGAGCAAUUCUCUUUAUGUGUUCGAUAUCUAGAAACCAAUACUUUAAAAUUACGUGAAGAUUUUUUAAAAUUUGUUCCAGUAACUAGCUUAACGGGAGAAAGCCUCGCUCAAACUUUAUUAGAUAAUCUAAUAAAUCUUGGUAUAGAUUGUUCUUUUAUGGUUGGACAGGGAUAUGACGGGGCUGCGGCUAUGAGUGGUCGUUUUAAUGGUGUACAAGCUCUAAACUUGGCUAUUUCUGACGCUUGUGACCUUCAAAGUAUUCGGAAUUGUAUGGGUGCACUUAGUUCUGUAUACAAUUUUUUUAAUACUCCAAAACGACAAGAAGUUCUUUUAAGUAAAAUUGCAAGUAUAGAAACAAAUACAAAAACCACUAGACUUAAAAAUGUAUGCCCCACAAGAUGGAUUCAACGACAUGAAUCAGUUUUAAUUUUCUUAGAACUACAAAAUGCUGUUACAAUUUCUCUUGAAACCAUUUCUUCGUGGCAAGACAAAACUACAUGUUCUACAGCAUUACAACUAUUAUCUGCAAUUCAGGAUGUUGAAUUCCAGAUAUCCCUCCGUACUACUGCCAAGAUCUUUGGUAUAACUUCUCCCUUGAGUCGUUUAUUACAAACAGAAAAUCUAGACUUAUCAACUGCAAUGAUUCUCGCAACAAACAUUGAAGAAAUGUUAAUUAAAAUGCGUAAUGAUAGUGAAAAAGAAUUUAAUUAUAUUUUCAAUGAUGUUCAAAAAAUAUGUUCUGAUCGGGAUGUUGAUGUUAAAAUUCCACGAAAAGUUGGAAGGCAAGUACAUUGUAGUAAUAUUGAAACAGAUUCACCUGAAGUAUAUUUUCGUGUUUCAAUAUUCAUUCCAUUUUUAGAUUUUUUUAUUACCCAAAUUCAAAGACGUUUGUUAGAUCAUAAACAAAUUUUGUCAAGUUUUCACUGUCUCUUGCCAUCAAAAAUAAAUAAUUUAGAGUUCAAAAAACAAUUUGAGACUGACAUUGUACAUUUAGUACGUCGUUAUGAAAAAAUCGUUAAGUGCAGUGAACAACAAAGUAUCGGAGAACUUAGAUUAUGGUGGAAUUAUGUAAGCCAAAUGAAUGACAAUCUUAAAAAUGCCCAUUCAGCUUUACUUGUAUGUGAUGAAAAAAUAUUUCCAAUUAUACGAAAACUUUUAGUUAUUCUUGUUACUCUACCAGUAACGACAGCCACACCGGAAAGAACUGAAAACCUAUCUACGAAAUACAACCGGAGAAUCUCGCUUAAAUGGAUUAGCAAUGCUAAAUAUUCAUCGGGAUAUUGA